GAUCCAUAUAACCCCCCGAGAUGUGAAGGGCGUUUUCCUCCUCAGCCUCUGAUCGCCAGAGGGGCCCGUAGUCCUCCUGUGCUCACAUUUAGACAGGGUGUGGACAUGUGGCAGGCAGUGUCUCCAGGCGCCUGAUACCCAUCCCGAGGAUGUCACCUCUCUGCUGUGCGCGCUCCCUAUGAGCUGACCUUACCACACGUGGUGCUGAAAUCCGUGGGUGAGUUAUCUGCAGCUUUAUGGCGUGGCCAAACACCGAUUUAUUUAAGACGCAUGGACACUCAAUGGUUAUAUAACCCCUUGCUGUCUGUAGUGACAUUUAACUUUGGAGUUCUAUGGCAAGACUGUUCCUAAAGACUGAGUGAUUUCAUUAUGGCCACGUCUAACCUGGAAAACCAGCUCCACAGUGCCCAAAAGAAUCUACUGUUCCUACAGCAGGAGCAUGCCAACACACUUAAAGGCUUGCACUCUGAAAUCCGCCGUCUUCAGCAGCAUUGCACAGAUCUAACAUAUGAAUUGACUGUCAAUAGUUCUGACCCAACAGAAAAUGGCAUUUCAAGAACUGAUGAACUAAGGAGGAAAUGUGAAGAGCUGGAAACUCAGCUGAAAGACAAAGAAACCGAAAACAAUGAACUAUUGAAGGAGUUAGAACAGAAAAAUGCAAUGAUUAUGGUGCUGGAAAACACAAUCAAGGAAAGAGAAAAGAAAUAUUUGGAAGAACUGAAAGUGAAAAGCCAUAAGUUGAACAUGCUUUCCAGUGAAUUGGAGCAGAGAGCUAGCACCAUAGCAUAUCUGACAUCACAGCUCCAUGCUACCAAGAAAAAGCUGCUGAGCUCUAGUGGAACAUCUGAUGUGGCUCCACCUGGUAGCCCAGUGCUGCCUAGCUAUAAGCCAUCUCCUCCCAAAGACAAACUGCCAGAGACUCCAAGGAGAAGAAUGAAAAAGAGCCUCUCCACGCCGCUCAAUGCAGACUUUGCUGAGGUUUACAGGCUUGGUGCGGAUGGCAGAAAGAUUAUGCUGCGUGAGCCUGUAGACGCCAUGCCUGACCCAACUCCAUUUUUAUUGGCAAGACAGUCUAUGGACACACAGAUUAUAAAAGAGAGACCACUUGUGAUCCCUCCCAUUCGCUCGGAUUCAAGCAGCCCAGCCAAAGAGAAGAAACAAAAGGCUCACAUUGGUGUAGCACAUCGCAUUCCCCAUGCAACUGCAGUCCAGAAUCAGCCGGUGCCUCAGACAGAGGUGGAAACAUUGGCAGUGGAUCAAGUCAAUGGCAGUAAAGUUGUUAGAAAGCACUCAGGAACGGAUAGAACUAUUUGAAAAGGGAAAGAAAAUCUAACACCACAAUAGAACUUUAACUAUGAUGCUUUCAUGCACUGUUUGAGCAGAUAUGACAUAAAUACCAAAUGUAGAAUUUUUUUUACCUACUUAUUAUUUUAAUCUUCUUGAGUGCUACACUUUGCCACUCAAAGUUGGAUUCAUCCUGCAUGCCAAAUAUAAUCAGGGUCUCAUAUGAUAAAAUGAAUUCUGAUGUUCUAAAAUACUAAGUACUCGAUUUACUAAGCUCCGUGGUGAAAUUAUAAGCCUAUUGCUGCUUGCUCUAGACCCAAAUACAAGUUACUGACAAAAGUAAAGGCUUCAGGCAUUACCACUUAUUCUGUAACACUCCUCUAGGUAGAAAGUUAUUUUAAUCUGACAGUUUAAAAUAUAUUGUGUAAACGUUAAGAAUGCUUCUCUUAGUAACAAAUUCACACUAUGUAUAAACAAUGCCUCUGUUGUGGCAGCACAUUAAAUAAUGCAGUUAUAUGUA